UAAGUUUGUAUUGAGAAGAAAGAUAUGUAAAUUAUUUCUUGCUAAGAUCUAUCAAGUCCCAGCAUGGGGGAGGAGAAAAGAAGAGAGAAGGUAGAUGACAAAGUUCAUCUCUUAGCAAGCUACCAAAGGGCCCUAAUCCCUAAUUAUUCCUUCAUGUGUUAGCUUUGUCUCAUCUGCCACAAAUCCUCUACUUGGAGAAAUCAAGCAAAAGGAAGAAGAAGAAACUAGAAAGAAUGAUGGAGGAAUGCUCAAAGAUAAGCCUCUCAAGCCAAAAUGAUGAUCAGGAGGGGAGCGAGAGCGGGGAGAAUGAUGAUGAAAGCAAGGCUAAAAAUGGAGGGAGCUCAAGCAACAGCACGGUGGAAGAGAGCGAGAAGAAGUCAUCGGUGCGUCCUUAUGUUAGAUCCAAGAUGCCUAGGCUCCGGUGGACUCCUGAUCUUCAUCUUCGUUUUGUUCAUUCUGUUGAAAAACUUGGUGGACAUGAUAGAGCCACACCAAAGAUGGUUCUUCAGCUGAUGAACAUCAAAGGACUAAGUAUUGCACAUGUCAAGAGCCAUUUACAGAUGUACAGAAGCAAGAAGGUUGAUGAUCCAGGCCAAGUAUUAGCCGAUCAUAGGCAUCUUGUGGAAAGUGGAGAUCGCAAUAUUUAUAACCUCAGCCAACUUCCCAUGCUUCAAGGGUAUAACCCCACCCACAAUUCCAAUUUCCGAUAUAGAUUUGGAGAUGCUUCUUGGACUAGUGCUUAUGAAAACUUGUUGGGUUGUCCUGCCGGCCGUAGCUCAACCUCCGGUGGUGGAUUUUAUGGCACGGUGGGUGAGAAGUUCUUUGGUAGCAACUUUAGCAAUAGGGUUAAUUGCAAUUUCCGUACCACUUUCGGUGAUCAACAAUCAUCAGCUUGGAGAAACACCCAUGAAGUGAAACAUGAAUCUUUGCAAACUCAACCCAGAUUGAGUACUCCUACGACUGAUCAUCAUCUGCAACCUCAAGUACAAGAUUUCAACAAAACAAGUAAUAUUCUACCAGAGUGGAAGACGUUCAAAAGGAAGGCCUUGGAUUGCGAGCAGCUGGAUUUGGAUCUCUCUCUUAGGCUAACUUCAAGGAAUCAUGAAGUUGAUAGUAAUCUCUCCCUGUCAUUGUACUCACAAUCAUCCUCGAGUCUUACCAGUUUGAAGGAAGGCCCCGACGAUGCUAAGAAGCAAGAAAAAAGGACAAGUACUCUGGAUCUGACUAUAUGAAUGAGACAAUUCUAAGUGAGAUCUUGAGGUACUUGUCCCAAAUAAUGCUGCAUUUUAUGAUUGUCUUGUAAGUUGUACCACCAUACAAAUUAGUAGCCGCCACUUUUUAAAUUUUUUUGUUAAUUACUUGUUUCUUAGCUCAAUGAUCAAUCUGCCCUGAACAGUA